AUGGACUGGGUUCGUGGGAAGUGCUUGGGGAAGGGAUCCUACGGCUCUGUCUUCUUGGCCAUACAGACCAACAUUAUUUCCCCACUGCUUGCUGUGAAGUCUGCGUUGAUAAUAGAUUCUUUCUCUAUUAUGAUAAUUUAUAACUUACUACUAGAAUAUGCUCCUGGUGGUAGUCUUGCAGACUUGAUUAACAAAUAUGGAGGAAAAAUACCUGAAUGUGAUGUGAGACGAUACACUCGAAUGAUUCUUAAAGGGUUAUCAUCCAUACAUAACAAUGGAUAUGUUCAUUGUGGCCUUAAGCCUGCCAAAAUCAUUGUUUUCCCUUCUGAUCAACAAGAUUUUCAGCUCAAGGUUGCGGAUUUUGGCUUGGCAAAAGAGCCUGACGAAGACAAUUUAAGGAAAUUCUUUUACCAGUACACUUUUCGUGGAACUCCUUUGUACAUGUCUUCUGAAUCUGUAAAGCUUGCUGAGAUAUCACCAGCUUUGGAUUUUUGGUCACUGGGUUGCAUUGUUAUUGAGAUGAUCACAGGAAAGUCACCAUGGCAUGAAUUGGUUGUAGAAGAUAUCUUAGUUCGCCUGGCUUUUGAGGGUAGCUCACCUGAGAUACCAGAAAGCAUGUCAAAGAAAGGGAAAGAUUUCUUAAGAAUUUGUUUCAUGAGACCCCAUUGUGAGAGGUGGACAGCAAAUAUGUUAUUGGAUCAUCCUUUUAUUGUUGAUGAAGAGCUUACUUCACCAUUUGAGCAAGAAGAACUCUUACCACCAAGCCUUAGUGAUGAUGUUGUUAAGUCUAUGUGCAAGCUAAUACUAUCUGAUUAUUCACCUGGGCAAGGUCUAUUUUCCUCUGCAGAUAGGCCACUGAGCUUGGGUUCUACAUGUAGGCGGCUGAACUUUGGUCCUAUCGGAAUGGGUUGCAAGGAAACGGAAAAGAGUUUGCUUAGCAAGGAUGGACUAAGAACUAAGGUUUGUAGAGGCAGUUUAAAGAAUUUGAUUUCAAUUUUAAUUUUUAAUAAUUGUUUUAUAAUGAUGACUAACAAUUUUAUUAACUUUUAUGCCUUUUUUUCGUGA